UACCACAAACUGCAGAUGAAGCUUGUAAAUUUGUUAAAGCAGCUGAGUAUUAUCGCAAAUUUAUUCCCAAUUUUUCUCAAAUCGCUGAACCACUUAGGAAAUUCGUUCCAACUACAAGAACUCAACAAAAGAAAGGACAAAAAACAAUGAUUACAUUAACACAAGAUGAACUUAAAGCAUUCGAACAACUUAAACAUUUUCUUACAACUGACUUAGUGUUACGAUUACCGAACAAUAGAUUCCCUUUCAAGGUCCAAACAGAUGCUUCGGAUGAGGGAAUCGGUGCAGUAUUAUUACAAAUAUAUCCAGAUGGUGAUAGACCAAUUGCAUAUCUUUCGAAGAAAUUUACACAAGCACAACGCAAAUGGUCUCCAAUGGAACAAGAAUGUUACGCAUUUAUAUGUGCAUUAGAUAAAUGGCAUAAUUAUUUAAGUGGAAUUCAAUUUACUUGGGAAACUGAUCACAAAGCAUUAACACAAUUAAACCAAAAAGCUCAAAUUAACAAACGAUGCGAAAGAUGGAGAUUAAAAAUUUUAGAAUAUGAUUUCAAGGUGAAAUACAUUCCAGGCUUAACAAAUUCUAUGCCCGAUUAUUUAUCAAGAUCUCCCGUUGAAGAUGCUGAAGAAGAUGCUGAUGAAACCUCACAUCUUCAUUCCAAAUCAACACAAACUGACAUUUUAUAUGAUAACCAACAUUCAUCCAUCAUCGCAGCUGUUGAAACUCGUGCUAUGAAAUUACGAAAUAAUACUUUAAAUGAACUUUCAAAUACAACAAAAUUAACAUCAGAUUCUCUACAUAAUUCUAUUCAAGAGAAUCGCACUACUCCAUUUUCAAUUGAAGAAUUAAUUCAAGCUCAACAAAAUGAUACUUAUGCAAAAAAUAUUUUUAAUAAUAUCAAGAAAUACAAACAUUAUAUUAUAAAAGACAAUAUCUUGAUGCGUCGAUCUAAAACUCCAGUUCCAUAUGUACCACAAGGUGAUUUUCGACGGACAAUUUUACAAAUAUAUCAUGAUACAGCAGCCAAUGGUGCUCACUUUGGAAGAAAUAAAACAAUACAUAAAAUUAAACAACGUUAUUUUUGGCCAUCAAUGUACAAGGAUAUUAAUAAUUAUAUCAAAUCAUGUAUCCCAUGUGCACAAUUUAAUCCUCGUCGACAAAAAACUCCUGGUACUUUACAACCAAUACAACCACCUGAUGGAGUAUGGCAAUUAGU